AGCCUCAUUUCAACCAAUGCUCCGGAACACUGUUUUGGAGCACUAGUGUGUCGAGACGUGUGUCGUCGACACUGGGUGUCGAACUCCCUACUUAAUAACUCUACGGAUCAUAUAUUCACGCAACUCUACAUCAAGAUGAAGAGCGCACUUAUACUUGUUAUUUCCUCAUUUUUCUUGAUCGGUGUGUUUGGUGAGUUAGUGUCAGUGAUGCAGGGAUAUUCAGUCACUUUACACACUGAUCAUACUGAAAUACAGAGAGCUGAUACUGUAGAGUGGAGGUUAAAUGAAGUGCGUAUAGCUAAAAUCAGUAUGGACUCCAGUGGUGUUAUCUCAGAUUCGGUUAGUUCUGAUGAAGCAUCCAGAGACAGACUGCAGCUGGACAGACAGACUGGAGAUCUCAAGAUCACAAACUUCAAAACCACAGACUCUGGACAAUAUAAACUGAAGAUCAAAAGCACCAGAGGGUCCUCAGAGAAGACAUUCAGUGUCAGUGUCAAGUUCACUGCUGAUAAAGAUCCAGUGAAGUCAGUGUCAGUGACAGUGGGAAAGCCUGUCACUCUAAAAACUGAAAAACAGAAAAAUCAAGGGAUGAAGUGGAGGUUUGGAUCUCAAAAAACUGUAAUAGCUGAACUCAAAGUACGGGCUGACAGCUUCACUGUAUAUGAUGAUGUUCUUGAUGGGAUAUUCAGAGACAGACUGAAGCUGGACAAUCAAACUGGAUCUCUGACCAUCACAAACACCACAAAUGAACAUGCUGGAGUUUAUGAAGCUGAGCUCAGAGGCAGCAGUUACACCAUACACAAGACAUUCAAUGUGACUGUCACAGAUGUGAAGUCAGUAUCAGUGGAGGGAGAUUCUGUCACUCUACACUCUGGUCUCGCUCAAAUACAGACAGAUGAUGUGAUACUGUGGAGGUUUGGAGCUCAAGACAACAUCAUCGCUAGCUUAAAUGGCCCUGUUGUUGACCCGAGAUGGAGCAACAUGCAUCUAAAUAAGCAGACCGGAGAUCUCACCAUCAGUAACAUCCAAAGAAAUCAGUUUGGAGAUUAUAAAGUAGAGUUCAACACCACCAAUAUGAUCUCACACAGGAAAUACCAUAUUAUCAGUGGUGAGUAGAUAUUUUUAUUGUAUUUAUUGAAUUAUUGUAAAUUCUAUAACAAUUAUCAUAUAUAGAGUGAUCACUCCAGUCAAGAUCCAGUUUAGAUGUUGAAAUUAACACAUUUCUACAAUUUCAAUAUUAAUGAGAGGCUAAAGGACAAGGCAUUUUAUGUAGCUUAGGCUAGUGUUUCACAACCCUGUUCCUGGAGCCACGGUAAAGGGAAAGGAGUUAAAAACAGAGAUGUGAAGUUAGAUACUUUCUUCUUCCUGUAAAUACUGACACUCAAGCAGUAUCUGUGAUGGAAAUAAAACAGGCUUGUUCAAGAUGCAUCGGUGCUGCGCAGACCGAUAUGGGUGUAUGACAUCAACGUACCGCGUGAGCGAUUCAAAAGCAUCGCUCUUGCUGUACUUUGAUGUCAAAUGCUGAUUGUUUGGCACAGCGCCGACAGAGGUGGACAUUCCAGGGAUCAGAAAGUAAAAGUCCUGCCAUAUUUUUAUCUCAUCCACUGAAGCAUUAAUGAGAUAAUUAAGUGAUAAAUUGUGUGAUGAUUGAGCAUUAUUGAAGACACCUGAUGAU